AGGAACAGAACAGGUGAACACUUCGGCAUACCGACUACGCGAGUCAAUUCCAUCGACCAGAUACAUUUCAACUGUUAGUGUUGCUCGGUCUCUCAUAAACUACAAACCCGAUUGCAAAAUGGCCACGAAGUGAACAUAAUCACUCUUAUUGGUGCUAGUGAUCAUUUUUUUUUAUUGCCAGGAGUAUGUUUCAUCUGUUUUUCGACGUAUUUCGCCGCGUGAGUUAAUAAUUGGAUUAUAUAAUGUGCGUAAGUAUUUAAAAAAGACAUCAGGUGUAAAGUGAUACAAUAGACAUUUUAAUCAAUCGUGCAUCCCAACAUCAGAAAGUGUGCUAAUGCAAAUAAUCAUUUAAUGAAAUUAAUGACUGAAAUCUACGAGUGCGUGUAAAGCAACGUUAUCAGAGCGAAAAUUACCGUCCCAGAAUAUCCAUAAAAAUAAUUUUGAACACAAAAAAAUGUUACAGAAUUCUUACAAGGCUAUGUACCGCCCAAAUUUUUACGAAAGUACAUGCUUAAGGUGCAACGAAACUGUAUAUCAAGUAGAUCGAGUAGGACCUUUAAAAGACUUUACGUUUUACCACAGUGGGUGUUUCAAGUGCGCCAUUUGUGGGACGAAAUUGACAUUGAAAACGUAUUAUAAUAACCAACACCGACAGGAAGACAAAGAAGUGUAUUGUAAUAGUCAUGUACCGAAAAUUGGAGCGGGGCAUUUAGAUGGAUCCUCAGUUGGAAUUAGAUCAGCUCUUAACGUUCCAAAGAGUUCGAAUUUUGUUAAUGAACAAAUAAGGGGACCUAGUCGAGUUAGCAAUGAUUCGGAAGGUCUACAUAUACGGACUCACAUAAAUGGCAGUCAUCAACAGCCGCAUUCGCCAACUUAUGGCGGAUAUAGCAGCCCCAGUCCUAAUAAUUAUUAUCAUCGUGACACUUCACCUUCGUACCAAUAUGGGAGAUUCGACGCAAGUGCCCUUCAUAUAGCACACGCCUUGAAACAAACGGAAUUACAAAAAUCGUACAAAGUACAUAGGGAAAAACCAAUAGAUUGUUAUUUGGACCGAGAUGAGCAGAAAAAAUUAGAAAUGAGACAUAGAAAAGAAGAAGACGACCUGUAUAGAAAGUUCCAAAGGCAAAGAGAAGAAGAAGAGAAACGAAUUAGGGAUGAAUUCAGGGAUGAAUGGGAAAAAGAACUUGAAAGGCUGACAUCAAAAUUCGAGAGGGAAAUGCAAAUGAAGAGGAAACGAGAUGAUCAAAACAUUUUGACGUUAAGACAUCAGCAAGAGAGGGAGGACUUAGAAAAAAAUAUGACGCUUAGAAGAGACAAGAAAAAAGAAUCGCUUACUAGGAAAAUGUUAGAACAUGAGAGGGCGGCAACGGCGGCGUUGGUAGAAAAACAAAGUCAUGAAAUGUUGGAACUUAUCAAUGAAAAACGUAGUGAAUUCAUGCAAGCCGAAUCUUUGUAUCUAGAUCACAACGACAGUUACAAUGAGGAAGUUCAGCCCUAUCCUAGCCUCGCUCCUGUACCCGCUCCACCAGCACUAAGCAAAUUUCAGGUUUAUAAUGAUCCAGUAGAAUUUGCUAACGUAGAUCAAAUAGCAAUAUCAGUAGCUCAAGAAGACCAAAAAUCCUUUACAGACUUAGUUAGACAACUAGUGGGAAGAUGCGGAUCGGAUGUAGAAAAAGCUAGAACAAUAUUCAGAUGGAUUACGGUAAAAAAUUUGAAUACCAUGUCUUUUGACGAUAACCUUAGAGGAGAUACGCCAAUGGGAUUGCUGCGAGGAAUUAAAAAUGGAACUGAAAGCUAUCAUGUGCUUUUUAAAAGAUUAUGCAGUUAUGCUGGGCUCCAUUGUGUGGUGAUUAAGGGUUACUCUAAAUCAGCAGGAUAUCAACCAGGUGUCCGAUUCGAAGAUAAUAGAUUCAGGAACUCUUGGAAUGCUGUGUACGUGGCUGGAGCGUGGAGAUUUGUGCAAUGUAACUGGGGAGCCAGACAUCUAGUCAAUGCUAAAGAAGCGCCAAAAGCUGGUAAUAAAGCUAAAUCAGAUAGUUUGAGAUAUGAAUACGACGACCACUAUUUUCUUACUGAUCCCAAAGAGUUUAUUUACGAGUUUUUCCCACUGCAGUCAGAAUGGCAAUUGCUCAAAAGUCCUAUUACUUUACAAGAGUUUGAGGAGCUACCUUUCGUUCGAUCAUUGUUUUUCCGAUACGGACUUUACUUCUCCGAUCCUAAUACAAAAGCUGUUAUGUACACGGACUCUACAGGUGCUGCCACAGUUCGAAUUGCUAUGCCCUCUCACAUGCAGGCCACGCUCAUCUUUCAUUAUAAUCUGAAAUUCUACGACAGUGAAGGUGACACCUUCGAUGGAGUUUCUCUUAAAAGAUUCGUAAUGCAAUCUGUUGUUGGAAAUAUGGUUGCAUUCAGAGUACACGCACCUUGUAGCGGGGCUUUUUUACUGGACAUAUUUGCAAAUGCUGUCACCCCUAAAGAAUACCUAACGGGAGAGCCGAUGAAAUUCAAAAGUGUAUGCAAGUUCAAAAUUUGUUGUGAAGAUUUACAAACUGUCAUGGUUCCUUUACCAGAUUGUGCUAGUGGAGAAUGGGGUCCUACCAAAGCCACAAGGUUGUUUGGACUUGUACCUAUUACCCAUCAGGAUUCAUUGGUUUUUGCUGGAAGAGAGCUAGAGAUCCAGUUCCGUAUGUCUCGCCAACUGACAGACUUCAUGGCAACUCUACACAAAAACGGCGUAGAAGAAAAACGUUUAUCGAAAUUCGUAUCUCACAGUGUUGCGGAAGACAUUGUCACUUUCAACAUUAGUUUUCCUGAAGAGGGUCAAUACGGUUUAGAUAUAUAUACGAGAGAAAUGGCUUCAAAUACCGAAACUACAGGAGAAAAACACUUGUUAACGCAUUGUUGUAAAUAUCUCAUUAAUUCUUCCAAAAGGAAUUGAAAACGUGAUUAUUGAGUUGAUUCAGAACAGAAUUAUUUGUAAUUGUGUGUGAAAUUGAACUCGCAUCAUGUUUUAUAUAGACGUUAAUACUUCAAUAUAUCGUAACUCCGAAUUUUACAUUUUACAGAUAAAAAUAAAAAUUCGGUUUCCUUUUUAAAUUAUAAUAGUGUUAUAAUACUUUAAAUAUUUUCAUUUCAACAACAAAUUAUUUGACAUAUCGUACCUCGUUUUUAUCUGUUAUUGGCGCAAUUGAGAUACUGAAUUACAAGAAACAAUUUUCCUUGACGGAAAACUUGCAUUUAGAUAAUUUGUAGUUACGACGAAAUUGAAAUGUUACUGUCGAUUUAAUUUUCUGGAUAUUUUGAAUCUUGGAUUGUUACAUUCGAUAUUCGAUACAUCAAAUAAUUUCUUUUGGAAAAGAAGUAAAGAUUGUUAUAUCGUCCGAAUCUUCACGAGAUGUAUUAUUUCAAUAAAAUCAACCAACAUUUCUGAAUUAGCAUAAUGGUGCUCAUUAACGACGCAGUGGCGUAGAUCGAAGACCAAAAAAUAACAAAGUAUUUGUUUUUUUUUCCAAAACAUCCGUUUUACAUUAAAAUAUUAAUCAAAAGGAGAAGCAUUAUAACAAUUUUGAGUGUUUCCACAAUGUAUAACUUUUAUCGCAUUAUAUAUGAAAUUUAUUUAACAGAGUUUAACUUCUGGAUGAAUGAAGUACGACAAUCCAUAAGGCAAGAUACUGGUUACAAGUUACAAGUUAUUUGAAAGGUUGAAGAGGCUUUUGUAAAGACAAUUAAUAUGAUAAAAUGUGAUUUCGACCCUCUAAGAUUGGGGUACGUAUUAUUGGUAUUACUGUAAAGAAAAAGUGCCAAAAUUGAGAUAGUUUUACAGAUGGUACAAGCUCUAUUAAAAAAACCAAUAUUUACUUGAAAAUAAAUAUAGUCUAUACACGAAAAACAAAGAAAAAUAAUGAUUAAAUUCAUUAUUUUUCAAAAUAUUAAGAGCUUGGUAAAUUGUGUAAAACAAAAAAUAUAUUUCCUUCUUAAAAGAAACAAAUAAAAGUGUUAUUUCGAACCUCCUCCCACAUCUAACCCGUUUUUUCUCUAUUCUUAUCUUUUGAGUUUCGCCCCAAAGAAAAUAAACAUCCAGCAUCGCUGUAACCACUUUCAUCUGAAGAAGGCUUCUUCAAUUAAUCCUCACUGUUUGGUCUAGAUCUUGCAAGCAUCUAGUUGUCCUUUUUAUGUAUUUCUUGAUGUAAACGGUUGAGUUUUAUUUGAGGUAUAUUAUUUUAAAGCUGAUCCUGAAUGUCUCUUCCUUUUUUUACUAAGCUUUCUUGGCGAUCAUUUUAGUAGAAAGUCAGUGUAAUAAUAGAAAUUUUUAUAAUUAUAGUAUUUAGGAUUUUGUUUUAAUAUUUUUAUUAAUGUAAAACGGAAAAGUAUCAGUAGAAUAUUUUGAGUAGUUGAUAUGGAAAUGCGAUAUACCUAGAAAAUGAUUUAUAAUCAUUUCUUUCUAUUUAUUUGAUUUGGGGGAUUUUCUUGUGCUACCUACUUUUUCGAAGCCCAUUGCAGACUGUUAUAGCAGCUCUUUUAGAGUAGUGGAACAGCACUUUGCAUUAUAUAUACGAUUUUUGGGACGUUCGAACGUCGUGGGUUGUGUCUUGCUCUUGCCGUUUCGUCAAUAGCAUAGAAGCUGCAAUCGGUUCAACUUCUAGUGACCUACUCAGAGUCCUGAAGAUACCUACCUGUUGUGGACCGUACAUAUAUUGGACAAUGGCGCGCGAAAGUCAUAACAACAUUCAGAUAUAUAUAUAUAUAUAUAUAUAUAUAUAUAUAUAUAUAUAUAUAUAUAUAUAUAUAUAUAUAUAUAUUGUUGUAUUGCUUCUUCUCAAGAACAAAGUACGCCACUGUUUUUUAUACCGUAGUCAAAUUCGAAGUCACUUUAUUACAUAAGUAUCUCAAUUCCAAGGGAUUUCGAUCCCUUAUCUUAUAGGAAGUUAAUCCUUCAAUAAUUAGAAACAACAACAAAGUCUGGUUUCUUCGCGUUCUAAAAAACUUCCAAAUAGUUAUUAGCCGCAUAACUUUAGUAGGAACUUUCAAUUGUCGAAUAAAUAUUUACAGUUUCUUUACCCUAGUUUGUUUAAAUCCGAACUGUUGGUUACACUAUGAAAGAUGCCUAUAUAGCUAUCGUCCAUGUAUUGAAUAAGUAAAGAAAUAAGCGAAAAAACGUUCUUCUAUUGACAGUUUCCUAUGAUUUGUGUUUGUGACAACGAUCUGUGCUUAAUUAAAUUUGCACGUGUUUUGUUAAGGUUAAUGUUGAAAUAGUCGUGAAGUUGUGUUGGUCUGAAAAUUAUAGUUUAUAUUCAGAAUAAUUGAUAAUGAAAAAGGAAACGAUAAAAAAUUUCAUCAACGGACCAAAAAUUAUAAUAAUCAAUUUUAUGACGAUCGGAAUUAGCCGUAUUUCCUUAAUCAAUUCCUAUAUUUGUAUGACGGAUAUUUCCAAAAAUGACUAAUCACACAUAGGUAUAACCAUAUAUGGACAGUUGGUAUGGGAAAUAACGCCCCUACGCAUUUUCUCUCUCGUUCGAGACACUUUAUCUAUACUGCGCAUGCUUGAGAAUGCGCAGAACCGAGCUGGAACCUCGGAGGAUAGAGAAAUCGUUAUCAUUCUGUGCUCCUUAGUCGGAACAGCUUCCACUUAUAGAAACUAUCCAUAUAGAAGUAUCACAUAUAUGGGUGUAAUAAACCACUUUUGAUGUAUAAUAUUUUAGGUUAAGUUUCUACUAAACUCUUUAAAUGACAAUUGUGACUUCCUAAUAAUUAUUUGGCAAAUAAUUCGAUUUAUUCGGAGGUUCAAUUUAUCAGAAUGUGAACAAACCGAAUUUUUGGUUAUUAGGUAAAUAAUAGUUAAUAGGGACUUUAUUAGGAAGUGAAGAAACCCGGAGUAAACGUUAAAUUUUAAUAAUAAAUAACUUGAAUAACAUAUAGCACCACGUUGUUCAUUGGUGUUUUAUUUUCACAAUAAUAAGAAAUGUUCUUGAAAAUUGCGAUACUUUGAUUAUAAAAUGACAUAAAUAAACAGAGGACGAAUUUACCGCCUAACACUUGCCUAAAAACACAUAUGUAUAUCUAACUUUCAUGAAAUAACGAAAAAAGUGCAAUAAUAAUCAAUUGACAAACUUUAUUAAAUACCAGCGUUUUGUUUUUUAUAUAUGUUUUGUUAUUAAUAUAAUAAGCACAUGUUAUUUAAUAUUAUAUUUUCUGUUAAUAAAUUAUUACCUUAUUUACAAAAAUAUGAAGAAAUAAAAUGAUAAAUCGGCCGCUUUUUCUACUAUGAAUUUAUAUUUGUAACUGAACAUGAAAUAUUCAAUAAAUCUAUUUAUUUUUAAUUUUAACAAA